GACCAGAAAGCUCAUCAGAUAAUGACAUAAAUACCGCAAGGCCAGCGUCGAGUCAAAUGGCUCUGGCGGCCAUAUCUACCGUCGCUCGCUGCUCCUCUUUCUUUCUCCAAGUCCAACCUCAAUCCCCUCACUCGAAUCCUGGUCGCCGAGUCGUCGUCGUCGAUCAAACCGCAACUUGGGAAGCACAAGACCAUGGCUUGUUCACUGUCAUCCUCAGAAACAACAGCUAAGACAGAGAGAGUCACAGCUCCGUAUGGCUCUUGGAAGUCCCCCAUUACUGCCGACGUCGUCUCCGGCGCCUCCAAAAGACUCGGUGGCAUCUCAGUCGACGGCGACGGCCGUCUCGUCUGGCUCGAGUCCCGUCCUAAUGAAUCGGGACGCUCUGUUCUUGUGAAAGAACCGGAAAAACCAGGAGAAGAACCUCUUGACGUUACGCCGAAAGAGUUUUCCGUGAGGACCCUGUGUCAGGAAUAUGGUGGUGGUGCUUUUAGCAUUUCGGGGGAUACUCUUGUUUUCUCGAAUUACAAGGACCAAAGGCUGUACAGGCAGUCCUUACGCCUAAAAGAUUCUCCUCCAUUGCCAAUUACUCCAGACUACGGUGGGCCUUCAGUUUGUUAUGCAGAUGGAGUUUUCGACAGUAGAUUUGACCGUUAUGUUGCCGUAAGGGAAGAUCGGCGUGAGAACAGUCUAAAUCCAACCACUAUGGUUGUAGCUAUUGGCCUUGGUGAGAAGGAUAUACAAGAGCCCAAAGUAUUAAUCAGUGGCAAUGAUUUCUAUGCUUUUCCACGGAUGGAUGCAAAGGGUGGAAAGAUGGCAUGGAUCGAGUGGGGUCAUCCCAAUAUGCCAUGGGAUAAAGCAGAGCUCUGGGUUGGGUACAUCUCGGAGGCUGGAGAUAUUUAUAAGCGUGUCUGUGUUGCUGGUCGUGAUCCUAAACAUGUUGAGUCACCAACUGAACCUAAAUGGUCUCCAAAAGGUGAACUAUUUUUCAUUACUGAUAGACAGAAUGGAUUUUGGAAUCUCUAUAAGUGGAUUGAAUCUACGAAUGAGGUCCUGCCUCUUUAUCCGUUAAAUGCUGAGUUUGCAAGGCCAUUAUGGGUUUUUGGUAUGAACUCUUAUGAAGUUAUUCAGAGUGACGAACAGAAGACCCUGAUUGCUUGCAGCUACAGGCAGUGGGGAAGGUCUCAUCUUGCGAUUAUUGAUGUUCUUCAGAGCUCAUUAUCAUUGCUCAAGAUACCAUUCACGGACAUAGCAGACAUAACUUCAGGGAAUAAUUGCCUUUACAUUGAGGGAGCAUCAGGAGUACUUCCAACAUCUGUGGCUAAGGUGAGUUUCAACGAUGAGAAGUCAGAAGUCAUUGAUUUUCGGAUAAUAUGGUCAUCCUCACCAGACAGUUUGAAGUACGAGUCUUAUUUCAGCUUGCCAGAGCUGAUUGAAUUUCCAACUGAAGUUCCUGGUCAAAAUGCUUAUGCAUACUUCUAUCCUCCAUCUAAUCAUGUUUAUCAAGCUAGUCAGGAAGAAAAGCCUCCAUUGCUGUUGAAAAGCCAUGGAGGGCCUACUAGUGAAACACGGGGAGUUUUAAACCUGAGUAUUCAGUACUGGACUAGCAGAGGAUGGGCGUUUGUGGAUGUCAAUUACGGUGGAAGCACUGGUUAUGGCAGAGAAUUCAGAGAGCGGCUAUUGGGUCGCUGGGGUAUAGUUGAUGUUGAUGACUGUUGUAGUUGUGCUAAAUUUUUGGUGGAAAGCGGAAAGGUGGAUGGCAAUCGUCUAUGCAUCACUGGAGGCUCUGCUGGUGGGUAUACUACCUUAGCUGCUCUAGCAUUUAGAGAAACUUUCAAAGCUGGAGCCUCCCUCUAUGGUGUUGCUGAUUUGAACAUGUUGAGGGCAGAAACGCACAAAUUUGAAUCUCAUUACCUUGACAACCUUGUUGGAUCUGAAAAGGAUUACUACGAGAGAUCGCCUAUAAAUUCUGUUGAGAAAUUUUCUUGCCCCAUAAUACUAUUUCAAGGGUUGGAAGACAAGGUGGUACCACCGGAUCAGGCUCGCAAAAUUUAUGCGGCAUUGAAGCAGAAAGGUCUGCCUGUUGCUUUAGUGGAAUACGAAGGCGAGCAGCAUGGUUUUCGCAAGGCUGAAAAUAUCAAAUUCACAUUGGAACAACAAAUGGUGUUUUUCGCACGUUUGGUAGGACACUUUGAUGUCGCCGACGAGAUCACACCAAUCAAAAUUGAUAACUUCGACUGAGCUUGUCUCAUGAAGAAGUGGCUACCGGUAACAGCAGGCCACAAAAAGCACGGCGGCUUUCCAACGCAGCUUCGUAUGACCCUGUCUGGACAGUGCACCAGGAUGGGGGCGCCGAUGUGUAGAAACAUUGAGAAGCUAGUGAAAAAUGAAGUAGUACAAAAAUGUAAUCUGAACUAAGAACUAGGAGUUCCAUGUUGUUGUGUUAACCUCUUAUGAUGGUACCCUAAUAAUUUUUCUUUUUACGGGCUUUAUUGAAUUGAAUGAACAAA